GGAGUAACAGGAGAGUGGAAGAGCGAUCUCUGUGAGGGAACAAUAGACCAACCCGCUCUUUUUUGAAGCGUUCCGGCAGCUUGGGGUGGUGCUUUAUAAACGUGCGGUAAACAUACUGCCCUUCUGCCCCUCCCCGUUCCCCAAAGCUGCAGGUCCCGGGGCUUUGGAGGUGUCUGAGCGGGUUUCUUGGGGGGAAGACUUUAGGGGUGUUCUUUCGGCUUCAGUGCCGGUGUGAUUAGCGGUGGAGGCCCAAUUUAAAGGUGAGGCUUGUGGGCAAGAAGUUAUCUGGGGAACUCAACAAGCGCCCAGCUCCUCCUUUCGAGUCCAGGUUUAUGGACUUGGAUACCUGCAUUCCAGUGAACUUUCGGUGUUUUCAUCUGUCACUUUAUGAGAGGCAACAUAAACAGCAUUGGACUGCAGUGGAAAACAGAACACUUUAUUUUAUUAACCUGAUGGAGAAAAAGGCCAAAGGGAGUUCAAAAUGUACAAAGAUCCAGAAAUUACAUACUCGUAAAGAAGGUGCAAUUAGACAACUCAUUUUUCCUCAUCAUAUUAGAACAUUUUGUCAAGAUGGCAGUCAUCGGAUUGCUUAUCGUGUUGCAUACACUUGGAACCGAGGUGGAAGGUUAAAAGAAAUCCGUAUUAGGCACUUGGCCCGAAAAUUCCUUUACAUAUGGAUAAGAAAGGCUUUUGGAAGAGUUCUCCCAUCAAGUGCCAGAUGCUAUUAUGAACAGAAGAUACUGCAGAAAACUUUUGGCGAGUGGAAGGAUGAAUGGUGGACUGCUUGCAAAGAAUGGAAGCUUACAAUCAGGGCUGAUUGUCAUUAUAGAUAUUUCCUGUACAAUCUGGCUUUUCGGUCCUGGAAGUCUUACAUACUCCAGCAGCGAGAGAAAAGGAAGAAAUACAGUGUUGCAGAGGCUCAUGCUGCAAAGAAGAAAACACUUCACAUAUGGUAUCACUGGCUGAGCUAUGUGGAAAUGCGUCGCAUGAAGCAUAGGAUGCAUUUGGAAGCAUUCAAAUUCAAGGAAGUGAGCACCCUGCGCAUGCCAUGGAAAUUGUGGCGAAGGAGAUGGUUCCAAAUUCAAGUCAGCUGUGAAAUGGAUGCUCAAGCUUUACAGCAAUGGGCCCUGAGCUUGCAGUUUCGAUCCUGGCUGCAGUGGAAGGAGGUCUAUUCAUAUAUACAGAAUAUAAAAGAGAAGGAAGACAGAGCACUUACGCAUUACCGUCAUAGGAUGAUAAGGAAUUCUUUGAAAACCUGGCAUGUCUAUGUGCAUCUCCGAAGAGAGAAGAAGCAUCAACACAAGCUGGCUUUGCAACAUCAUCAUAGCUGCAUGCUCCUUCAGUUUUUCUUGUCAUGGCACCUAGCUUGGGAACGCAAACAGGAAUUGUACGUACAUCAGGAACGCAUUGCUCAGCUGGCAGCCAAGAUUGCCUUGAGAAGAGCCUUCUUGCAAUGGAAAUUCUGUAUCCUUUAUUUCAUUGUUCUUUUGCAGAGGUUUGUAGAACAAAGAUAACAGUAAGAUUUGGAUCAGGCACUAUGUGUGCGAAAA